AUGCCUUUCGUCCCCGUUGACUCUAUCGACCCGCAGCGACUCAAAAUCGCCAGAGAAACACUAUGUAGUGUCUUCAACAUCCCCUCCCUUCACCCAUUUCAAGAGAAGGUCGGCCUGAACGUGCUUCAAGGCAAGCAUACCAUGCUGGAUGUCCCCACAGGAGGAGGCAAAACCCUCGCAUUUUGGUUCGCCCUCUUCUACUACUGGCAGCCUGGGUGCACAGACGAAGCCUCCAACAAGAUAGUCCUUGUUAUUGGGCCGCUAGUCGCGCUUCUAGAGGCCCAAGCCCAGCUGCUCAAUUCCAAAGGCAUUCCAGCCAUAGCUGUUACCUCAAACACUCCAGACCUUGAGCAGGCAUUAACUACCAAGAAACUGGGACAAAAUCAGUAUCACGUUGGUUUUCUCGGGCCAGAGAUGGGUCUCACGCCGCUAUUCCACGAGAAAGUGCUAAACAGCAUACCAUUCACAAAGAAUAUAAUCAACCUUAUUAUCGACGAGGUACACUGCAUUUCCGAGUGGGGGACCAACGACUUUCGCCCAGAGUACCGCAAGAUUGUUGAGCUUGCGGUGAUGAUCGUGACUUGCCCAUCUUCACCGGUGGGGCUGCUCUUUACCCUCACUGGCACAACCAUGGAGCCUCUUCUCCCGCCUGAACUGGAGCAUGCAAUCUUUACACUAGCGGCUCUUCUGAACUGGCAGACAGCUCUUCCGCUGAUGCUCGUUGCUCAACGGGUUCGAGCCUGGGUCGAGCCUUUCCUUUUCCGCGUGGUCAGGCUGAAGGAAUCGACGCAUGCUCUAGCCUUCCUUGCAAAGAUACGAGUGAACCCGGAUGUCUGCUUCCAUCUCCAACAUCUAUUCCUCGAGGACACUAUCGAUGGAGUCCUGGAUGAAGAAAUUAAACUACUUAUACGCCGCGCCAAUAUCCACAACAUUGGUAUAAUCUACCCCUAUGCGGAACCGGAGUAUCUGCAGGUACUCUCGGAGCUCAAAAUUCGACAGCUCACGGUAAAUCUCGGAGAUGGGUGGUCUGGUGAGACCGUCGGGAUUGGCAGUGAGCACAUGACAUCACACUCCGUCACACUCAGAGAUUUUUCUUCCUUCGCCCCCAUCUCUGCUCUCCCAUUCCUGGCCCCAGCGCCAUCGCCUUCGUCACCUACUAGUUUCUUUUGUUCCUUUCUACACUCUAGUUUGGCGAGCCUGGGGCCUCUUGCAGCUGUAGGCGCGACUCUCUCACCCACCGGCUCUUUGUGGGUUUUGGCUCUCCGCUCUUGGUAG